AUGGAAGUUGUUGUCUCGUUAUCAGGUUAUCCAGGCGAUCUGCAGACACUUGGUACGGACGUUGUGGGACGACACUAGAUUGUAAUGCAGGGUCCUGCAGCACAUUUCUGCAAAUCGGUGCUUGUUGCGGGGUUUCCAACUAACUGUUGUUGGUGAUCAAACGCAAACAACCGAGAGAGAGUGUCUGGGACUACGUGUAACCUUCCCGGCUUGUGUCGCACGGUAAAGUCAAAAGACUGCAAAGCAAUCGCCCACCUAGUCAGCAUAUUAGACGUGUCUUGCAUCGUGUACAAAUAUCUUAACGCCGCAUGAUCCGUCACGAGUUCAAAAUGUUUACCCCACAGGUAGGGUCUCCAGUGUUGUAAACUCAAAACAACUCCGUAACAUUCUUUCAUCGUGGGGGAGUAGUGGCGUUGAGCUUUGUUAAAUCGCUGGCUGAAGUAUGCAAUAAUAUUCAGGUCGUCACCAUUCUUUUGGGCUAGGAAUGCUCCUGCACCAACUUCACUGGCAUCAACGUGAACCACGAAAGAUCUGGUAAAGUCAGGGAAACAUAGUACGGGGGCUUCGCUGAGUAAACGUUUUACCUCUGCAAACGCCUUAUCGUGUUCCUGAUUCCAUCGUUUUGCGAUUGAUUUCACAUGCUCUUUCUGCGUGAGUUCGACUAGCGGCGCGAUUACCGUAGAAAGGUCGGGUAUAUACUUACGUACAAAAUUGACCAUGCCCAAAGCCGAACGAAGUUCUUUAAUGGUUUUGGGUGUAGGUGAAAUGUACCCUACGAUUGUAUCGCGUUCGAGGCGUGGUCGCCUCAGGCGCGAUUUCAGCCACUACGUCUACUGUCAUUUCAUGUUGGGGAGGAAUGCAGUAUCUCUUGGGGAGAUAUACAGGCACCGCUCCUACUGAUGGGUCAAGCGCAACUAUAGAUAUUUGUGCUGGAGCACUAUCAUUUGGGUCUGCUUGACUAUUCGUUCGUCGGUGUUUUGCCGGAAUUUUUCUUGUGGAAUUUUUUAACGAAAGUUGCUCGCCGCACCAGUCUAGUACGGCGCCAAAGGCAUUCAUUAUCCUAUUUCGAGCAACAUUUUAUCCGAACCUAGGUUUGGUAACACCAGGANUAAUUACUAACUCGGGCAGGAAUUCGCACUCUCUUGGAGGACGAAUUUAACGCAUUAGGGUGUUGUGGAUAUUUACUAAGUGCAGACGUAUGAAACGAUGCAUAUUGAGAUCCACUACUACUAGACGCGCGAGACACAGAGGCACACUUUCUUGUGUUUUUAUUAAAUGGCAUGUUCAUCAGUACAUAUUGGGCUUGCGGGGCUAACCUAGGUCCUGACGCACGAGUGCGUUUGGUUUGCCUAUUCUUCCCUGCGUUGCUACUUGGCUGAUUCUUGAACGAUACCGGGGCAGACGCUGCUACUUGAGUAUCAGACUCACUGCUAGAUAAACCUCGUACGGAUUUUGAACCAGUUCCCUUAGCCCGAGGAAAAAAUGAUUCCCU